AUGAUUGUGCCAGUCGUAUUUUGCCUUCUCUUCUCCGUCAGUGGUCAGCAGCCGGGCCAAGGAUUCUACUCCCGCAACGCUCCGUCUAAUUGGAUUUUGGAGAAGAAUUCAAUGACUCGGAAAAAUAGUCAAGCGAGAAUAAAUCAACCUCCUCAAGACGCGGCGGUUUUGGAGGGAGAAGAUGCUUUAUUUUUUUGUGGAGUGGAAGGGAGUCCAGAACCAAUUGUCAAAUUCCUUCUUGAUGGUCAAUCCGGGAAACUUUCGGGAGAAACGGGAAAAGUUAUUCCACUUGAUGGAGGUGGUGGAAGUCUACUAAGAUUGUUCAAAGUAUCUACACGACAGAAUGGUAUCAAGGUUGAAUGCUUCGCCAGCAAUCACGUUGGAAAUGAUAAAGCUUCGGCCGAGUUAAAAGUGUACAAAUAUUCUGAUCAUGUUCCAAGUGGAUUCCCAAAAUUCGUGAGACCCCCUCAAGCGCAGUCAGUGGAUGCAGGCAAACGCUUGCAGCUGCAAUGUGAGGCGGAAGGAACACCAGAUUUGAAAUUCAUUUGGUUGAAAAAUGAAAUUCCGAUCAAAUUCAAUCAACAAAGACUUCAAGCUCUUGGCUACAGAGGUAGAUAUAGCUACGAUGCUUCAUAUGAUGGUUCAAACAUUGAUAUUAAGAAAGCAGUCGACUGGCAUUGUGAAACAGUUCUUACCUGUAUCGAUUCACUGUCUACUCCAACGAUUUUAACCGAAUCGCGCACAUUGGAACUGUACUGGCACAGGGCCACCCACAUAACGCGUCUCUUGGGUGUCCCAUUGGGUCAAAUUGUGGACUCAAUUGGCGCCGGACAAAGAUACAAAUUGGGCUCUAUGCUCAAUAACAAAACUUUCCAACUUAUAUUAGGGGAAAUUUAUGGCAUCUACAAGGAUUUGAAAGUUAGACAGUUGAAAAUGAAUACGUUCUAUCCACCAACUAUUAUCGAGCAGCAAGACAAAGUUGAGGUACGUCCUGGAAAGGGCGCCAACUUGACUUGCACUGCAACGGGAAAUCCAAAACCCCAAGUGAAGUGGCUCACGGACCAAGAGAAGCCGUUGACCGAGGCUGUCGACUGGAAGGCCAUUCUAUUUUUGAUUGAUGUCACAGAACCUCGAGAUUAUAUCUGCGUUGCCAAUAAUAGUCUUGGACGCGUUCAACACCUUGUUAGAGUUGAAAUUAUCGAUGUUCCGCGAGCUCCAGUGGAUCUCCAGGUUGUAGAACGCGGACCAACAUUCGCAAUUUUGCGUUGGUUUCCGAGUCGAAUUGAUGAUGACAAUCAACCUGAUCCUACACGACCUCCACCCGUCCCAAUCACAUCCUACACUCUCAUUGUCACCGACCUCGAUGCAGACAACGGUCGGCAGGCUAAGAAAAGGAAGAUCACGGGUAUUUCACCGAGGAAAAUAGAAGCUGAUGGAUACAUUCAUCAGAAAGUUCUCGAACUCAAACCUGAUCAUCGAUAUACUGCGGAAGUCUACGCUUUGGGUGCUCAGUAUGGGAUCUCAGAUGUUAGCAAUCAAGUCACAUUUAAAACACUUGAAUUACCUCCAAGUGGGCCAUUAUUAUCGAUACGCGCUACUGCGACCAGUUCAGACUCGAUAAGCGUUAGCUGGAAACCGCCGGCAGAACCCAAUGGCAAGAUUAUUGGCUACAAAGUUUACUAUUCAACCCAUCUCCGAAACAAGUUAGAACAGUGGCAGGUAAUUCAGACCAACAAGCCACAUGCAGUUCUCAAGGGGCUGUCUUAUAUGGCAACGUAUUACAUCAGAGUCUCCGCGUUCAAUUCAGCUGGAGAUGGACCUCUUAGCGACGCUCUUCCUAUCAUUGUUAAUCCAGGAGUCCCUCCACAGCCACUCAAUUUUCGGGGCGUGAGUCCUUCCCCAACGUCCAUUCAACUUAUUUGGUCGCCUCCUGAACUACCUCAUGGUAUGACCAUCCUGGACUACCAAUUACAAUGUCGACCCGCAAGUGAGAUCUCAGCAACUACCCUCCCACAAACACCCCUAGCAAUCUCAAUCCCUGCCAAGCACACUGGCUGGACCAUCAAAUCCCUCCAAUCAGACACCUUGUACCAAGUUGUUCUGACAGCAAGAACCCAACAUGGUCUGGGUGUGCCAGCAAAGUUGGAAAUUCGAACCCUCAGCAAUCGUAAGUUGAAAGAACUCGUAGUUUAG